UAAAGGCUGUUGUCUCUCUCCCUCUCUCUCUCUUUCUCGCGCACUCUAUCCCUCUCUUUCUCUCUCUAAAUUCACGCGCACAUACACGUAUAUAUACGUCGCAGAGAUAUAGAGAUACAUAUAUAUUUGUAUGUAUGUAUAUAUAUACAUAUACACACGUAGGAGAUAAUUGCAUCAGAUGUACUCCUACAUAUAGCCGUUGUCUUGCUUAGAUUAUAAGGAAAGGCAAGAAAGAGAGUACAAGGAGAAGGAGAAAAGGGAGGUUCUUUUGUUUAUUGGGAAUGCCGCCGGCGAGGAUUCUGGUGGUGGGGGCGGCGCUGUUUUUGUCGGUGGCGGUAGGCGUGGUGGUCGGUGGUGAGGGUGAGGGGAAGGGGUUGGUGCUGAGCCUCGAGAGGGUGAGUCAUGAGGGAAUGGGGCUGAGUCAACUCAGGCAUCGUGACCGGGUUAGGCACGGUAGAUUCUUGCAGCAACAGACUUUUGGGGUUGUUGAUUUCCCUGUCCAGGGGACCUAUGAUCCUUAUCUUGUUGGGCUAUACUUUACAAGAGUUAAAUUGGGGACUCCACCAAAAGAAUUCUAUGUACAGAUUGAUACUGGAAGUGAUGUGCUAUGGGUCAGCUGCAAUCCCUGUACCGGUUGCCCCACAUCCAGUGGACUCCAAAUAGAGCUGGAGUUUUUUGAUCCUUCCAGCUCGUCGACAGCAUCAAUGAUCUCAUGUAAUGACCAAAGGUGUGCUUUGGGAGCACAAUCUUCUGAUUCUGGUUGUUCCGGUCAGAAUCAGUGUGGGUACACGUUCCAGUAUGGUGACGGCAGCGGGACAUCAGGAUAUUAUGUAUCAGACUCAAUUUAUUUCGACUCCAUAGUUGGAAAUUCAUUGACUUCGAAUUCUUCAGCACCUGUUGUCUUUGGUUGCAGCACAUCACAGUCUGGGGACCUUACGAAGCCAGAUAGGGCAGUUGAUGGUAUAUUUGGUUUUGGACAGCAGGGAUUAUCUGUGAUUUCACAGCUUUCUUCACAGGGGAUCACCCCAAAUUCAUUUUCCCAUUGCUUGAAAGGAGAAAAUGGUGGUGGUGGUAUAUUGGUACUUGGUCAGAUAGUGGAGCCAAAUAUAGUGUACACUCCGCUUGUUCCAUCACAGCCACAUUACAAUGUAAAUCUGCAAAGUAUUUCAGUAAAUGGGCAGACAUUAAACAUUGAUUCGUCAGUGUUUGCAACAUCAGGGAACCGAGGAACAAUAAUUGAUUCAGGAACAACAUUGGCAUACUUUGCAGAAGAGGCUUAUGAUCCUUUUGUUACGGCAAUCACACAAACUGUAUCACAAUCCGUGCGCCCCCUUCUUUCUAAGGGAAACCAGUGCUAUCUAACUACCUCCAGUAUCUCAGAAAUUUUCCCUCCAGUUAGUUUAAACUUUGCUGGUGGUGCAUCAAUGAUACUCAGACCCCAAGAUUAUCUUUUGCAGCAGAACUCUGUUGGUGGUGCUGCAGUGUGGUGCAUUGGCAUUCAGAAAAUCCAGGGUCAAGGAAUUACAAUUUUAGGAGACCUUGUUCUGAAAGACAAGAUCGUAGUGUAUGAUUUGGCUGGUCAGCGGAUUGGUUGGGCAAACUACGACUGUUCGUCAUCUGUGAACGUCUCGACAACAACAAACACCGGUAAAACAGAAUUUUUCAAUGCAGGACAAGUUGAGAACAACGGUUCACCACGUAACGAGCUUUACAAGCUAAUACCAAUCACCAUUACAACGUUCUUGUUGCAUAUACCAUUCUUCGGUAUCCUUCCAUUCUUGUAAAGUCUAUUGAUCGACCUGUGGAGGUUGUAUACAUUUUCCUCUUGGUUAGUAGUAGUUCCCUGUUAUUAUAGCCCAAGUUGGGUGGGGGUGGGGGUGGGGGGCGCGAGCCCGCGCUGAGGGUAGUUUGUGUACGCUAGAUUGCAGGCUUUAAGACGGCCUAUUUUGUUGUUGCAUUUGCUUUGACGGGUCUCAGACCAUUCGUGGUUAGCAUAGAAUUACUCCGACGUUGCUGUACACAGAAAUAUUCAUACAAGUAUUGUACAUUUCUUUUAAACACCACUAAUAUUGUUUAUUUUUAUUUAAGGAAAGAGGACUUUUUGUUGGAGAGUA